AUGGAAGCAGCAGCUACUAAGCGAACACAGAGUCGAUGCCGGGAAUGGGAACGAGCUAGGCGUAACAAAUUCAACGACGCAAUAAAUAAACUUGGAGAAAUUGUCAAAGCUAUACAGAAAAGCAAUAACCCAGAGGAUUGUGAAGAUGUACAGUAUCCGAAAGUUGAAAUAAUUCAGAAGGCCAUAAUAUACUUAAAUAAUUUUGUCCAGGAGAAAACACAAUGGAAAGCAGAAAUAUUAGCCUUACAAGUAGAGCUUGAUACUGAAAAGAGUAAGAAAUCACAGACAAAAGAUGCAUCGACUCAAAUUUGCAUCAACUUAAUCAAAAAACGUAAAGAUAGCAAAUAUGUAAAGCUCUGCAGGUUGAAGAAAUGUAAAAACAAACAAGAAAAGCCACUAAUUAAGAUACCUCCUCCUGUAGAAACUGCGACAAAGUUACCAAUACUCCUUCCAAGAUCUAAUAAAAAGGGUCCAGAAAACACGAUAGUGGUACUGCCAGCAGCGCCAUACAUAUUUCCUCAGAGACCACUGUUGUUCCCAUCCGUACCGCCCGCCAUAGUUUUAAUAGACCAAAAUUUACAAACACUAAAUAAAGCAACAGUUCCUAUAGUUAAUAGAAAUAAUGGAGAUAUCACAAAGACCACAAUGGUUAAUAUUCUUCCAAUAUCAGCAUACUCCCGUCCACUUUCGGCCACCAAAAGUAAAAAGAGUAAUGUUAAAUUAAAAAAUGAUAUUAGCAAAAAAUCAACAAAAAAGAUUAAAACUGUUGGUACUGUAAAAGAAACACCAAAAACUGCAGACAUUAAAGACAAUCCGGUGGUGUCCAAGGAAAAUAAAACCACUGAAUGUUCCAAUAAUGAAACUAAACAGAAUGAUAAACUAGUCUUAAGUAAAGAUAAAAAAAUCGAAAGCAGUAAAGUCGUAACGACAGACCAACCAGCUAAAGCAGAUAAUAUUCAAAAUGAAGUAAAUACACAUAUUGGAAAAUCAGAUAGUAAGACAAAUGCUCCUGAUAAAGUAAGCAGUAAAACUGGGGACCAUGAAAUGUCUAACAAUAUUGACAAACCAACGUGUACAGAAACAGUCGCUAAAGAAAUGCCAACUCCUAUAGUGGCAUCAACAGCGACAGCAACAAUAACAGAUACUAAUAAUGUACCUAAUACAAAUGAAGCCAACAAACCUAAUAAAAUAUUAAAUGAAAAAGAAAUUAUACCUGAAAGUAAAGAAAGUUCAAAAUUGCCUAACAUUUUACCUUUGGAUACAACAUUAUGUGAUAAUGUUGUUGAUGGAGGUAACGCUCGUCUUGAACUUGCGGAAGAAUUCCUAGCUACUUCGCCCACAGCCGCAUUUCUUAUGUCUUUCCCACUAGUCAGUGGAAAUAGGGCAGAUAGUCCUGCCGAAGAACAUGGCCACAACACAGCCCAAGCCAUCACUAAAGAUAAUAACAAAAGAACUGAAUUAGUGCCUCCACCUAUACCAUAUUUUGAGAAGCCAAGCAAUAACGAUAUUAAAGUAAAACCAGUAGCCAACAAACUUCCCGAAACGUGCAAUACUGUUAAUAAACAAAACGAACAACAAAAAUGUGUUAACGUAGUGACGAAAGAGUCCAGUAACAUAACUUCUGUAACUAAAAGCUUCAACACGGCAUCAAUGCCGAAUGUUUCCAAUGAGAACCCAUUUUUAAAUCUGUCCGCACCUUCUAUAAUUACAACCAAUUGUACAUUAGGCGAUACCACGUUUGGUUUAGAUUUUGACUGUAAUAUUAGCAAGUCGAUGCCAAGUCAAUCCACUGGCUAUGCAAGCAGUAACAACUUCUUCUAUAAGGGCGAUCCAUUCAGCAAAAGUGCUAUUUACAGUACCAGCAGUAUCACAUCCACUCAUGAAUUUAAUGGACUCGGUCUUUACCCCUGUGCCAUGGAAAAAUAUACAUCAAAAAAUAAACCUGAAUUUUCUGGUGUUGACGACAACCUUAUGAAGAUUGGAUCGUCAAGAUUGACGUACGAUAUUGACUUAGGUUGGUCACACAAGGGUUUGGAUUUUGUCAACUGUCCUACUACUACGAACACGUUCAAUAAGGACACGAUUUUAACAACUACUGCUACACCUUAUACGUCAUCGUAUAAUCCAUUUAACCCUGAUUUUCAUGUCCCGUUAGUGCCAAAUUCCAAUAAAAAAGACAACUCUAACAAGCCUACCUCAUCGUUUGCUGACACAAUCACUAGCUUUUACUCCCAACCUGCUAGUGCUAACUUAUGGACUGAAGACGCACCCUUCUAUACGAACAGCAAUAUGUCCAAAUCUUUAACUUCUAAAAACCAGACUUAUACAACGUUUGACCCAGUACAUACUAACGUAAAUGUAAAAAUAAAUACUAACAAACAUUACGAACCGAAAGUGGCUGAAGUUAGUGUGGAAAGUGGCAUAAAAACUGGCAAUAACGCCGUGACUCAACAUAUUCCCGAGAAAUACACUAAAAAGUCUCCAAGUAAAAUGCAUAUAAACUGGAUGACUUCUGAAACGAGAUCUGUGCAAAAUAAUUGCAAUCCUAUACAUCCGCAGACUAAAGAACCUCAUAAAGCAACUUACAAUCAAAUUGAUCAUCCAGUCAAUAAAAAACAGGAUCAUAACGAAGGCAAUUAUUUUCCUAUAGCGAUGCAUAACUUUCCACCGCAAGCACCUCAAGACGAGUUUCAAGUGUGGCCUUCUACAAGACCUUUGGGAACCACAGAGAUAAGCAUAGAUCCGCCGCCAAUCAACUUACCAACCUUAGUUGGUGAUCUAGCCCUAGGUCCUCAUGAUAAGAAUAGAAAAGUGGAUGCAACUAAUCGUGGAGUACCACACAGUGACAUUCAGAACUGUGGUAAUUUUCUGUCAGUCACUCAGCUUAUGAAUCGUUCGACUGAUAAUAUGCAUUCCCGGUAUCAAAUUCCAAAUAUUGACACUUCGAAAACUGGCAGUGGGAAACAAAAUACAAACCACUUCACGAACGACAACAAUCGUAAAACUAUGCCACACUUAGAAAAUCAUAUGUCACAACCGUGUUAUGUGUUUAACGAUCCGAAAUUAGUAAAUACCUAUGAAACCAUGACACAUAGUCAAUUUGCGCCAACUAAAACAAAGUCCAAUAGUAAAACCGAAAAGUCUUCAAAAACUCAAAAGAACAACAACUACUCAACGGAAGCAAUAUUAAGAGGAGCGAACGCAACGCAAAAAAUUCAAGAUAAUACAACUAAAUUCAUGAUGGCACCUCAGAAAUACACAGAUUUCACUACCCCACAAGAUAGUGCUGUAGCUCAAGUUUCUCAUUUCCCACCAAUUCUGGAUUACUCCGACAAUAGUUACGCUUCACAACAAUUUUCAGGAACGACAUUAUACAAUACCACUACCAAUACCAUGUCAAAUUCUUUUUACACAAACUUUAUGCCUGGCAGUAGCAACUUGAUGUCAAGUAAUUAUGCCAGUGGACCAUUCACUGGCGACUUUAUUGAUUACAAUCAGUCAGCCGAAUGCAAUUAUGGGAAUCAUAAAUAUGAAGAACUGAAAAUGAGAAAUAAUCCUACAAUGUUCCAAUCUGAGAAAGUACCUCCCACGUAUAAAAGUUCGAGGAGAGAAUCGGCAACUAAACAUAAACUUGAAUGUUCCAAAAAAGAAUCGAGUAAAAAGUAUCAAAGCAAAAAAGCAAAGAUCACUAACGAGGUGGAAGAAUGGAACGAUCCACAUUUGUUCUGGCAAAAUAAGACAUUGAAUAAGAAGCAUCCGAAUUUAAUGGGUGAAGAGUUACCUUUCCCGAACUACGUGGGCAAUCAAAUGCCUUCGCAGUACCAGGCAGACUUCUUCAACAGUCACCUGAUGCCUGCAAACGUACAGGGUAUGGGGCACAACGUGGACAGAUCAUUGGCCAGCUUUCCUGUUACGUCCCGAGCCAACUUCAAUUUGAGUACUAUAUUUCCAGAAAUUACUAUGGUGAGUGUUUCAGUGUAA